ACACACACACACACACACACACGCACACACACACUCCUUUUCACACCACACCACUCUUAUUCGGUUAGGAUGGCAGCGAAGAAGAUCAAGGGCGACAUCUCGUGGGCGGUCGCGGAGGAAGCACUGGCGGAUACACGAAACAAGUUUCAUGCCAAACGAACUGCCCAGGGCUACCAGACAGUGAAGGACGAUGGCGUGGUGCAUAUGGAGCGACUUGCAAAGCGAGAGCUCAAGGCGGCUGGCGUAGAGCACAAAGUCGAAUGCAUCAGACUCACAACUGUGGUUGACAUUCCCCCGUCUGAAGCGACCCGCCUCCUCAACGACUAUGAAGUUCGCAAGACGUGGGAGGACACACUGACCAAGGAGUCACGAUCAGACGUCGUGGUGCUGGAGCGGGACAACCAAACUGUGCAAGUGAUCCGCACACUCUCCAACGCCGCGCUGGGCGGUCUCAUCUCCCCACGCGAAUUCAUCGACCUCGCCUGGACAGAGGUUCAAGAUGAUGGCUCCAUUCUUCACUUUGCACAGAGCAUUGACCACCCAGACUUCCCGCACACCAAGGGCUUUGUGCGUGGCGUGAACUUCCCCUGUGGUAUGCUGUAUGAGCCAGUGCCUGCAAGCAACGACGACGACGAUGACAACGGCGGUGACGGUGAAGGAGACAAGCACACACGCACAAAGCUGACAUACAUUAUUCACUCGGAUGUUGGUGGGUGGUUGCCUGCGUCGCUGGUGUUCAAAGGCACGACCACCACCAUGUGGACUAUCCUGCAGUCCUUGCACGCACACAUCCGCGCCCGGCAAGCCGCAUGA